AUGUUUUUUGCUUUCUUUUCUACUGUUAAUUCAAUAUUUGUUCCUUAUUCAUUAACUGCAGAAAGUACAGUUCCACGCAUUAAUGCAACUUUGCUUCAACAAAAAGCAAUUGGCCUCAAAACAGUCAUUGGAAUUGGUUUAAAGCCAGAUGAUAAAGAUACAAAAACAAGAGAAGAGACAAUUCUCGAAGCUACAUAUUACUAUGGCGAUAAGGCAGAUUUCUACUUCCUUGAACCAGUUUCUUGUGAUGAAUUAGCCAAACAGUACGGUCUUUCAAUUCCAUGCGUAUUUGUAUAUCGCGUUGGUUUACUUUGCGGAACAUACAUGUAUCCUGAAUCUGAUUCUGGAAUUAUGUUCCUUUUGAGAUUAAUUCUCGAACCAAUGCCAGAAGCUACACAAUCGCUUGCAGAUCUUCAUUCUCAACUGGGUAACAUGCCAUUUGCUCUCCUGGCUACUCCAGAACGCUACAACAAAGCAGUUUCCCUUCAAUACGAUGUUUCAUCUCAAAUGAACGUUGGCGUCAUUCCUGUUGAACCACAAGUUUUACUUUCAUUAGGUAUUAACUCAUCAAAGCUCGCUUUCUUUAGAGGAGAAGAUCGCACUGUUUUUCAAUCUUCCGAAUUUACAGAAGGAUUAUACGCACAGUCAUAUCCUGUGUACAGAAACCUCAUGCCUUCUGAUCUUCGUGGUGAAUCUACAAUCGUAUUCGCUCUCGUUGCUCCAGAACUUAAUGACGAUUAUCAGGAAUUUCUUUACCAAGUAGGUGAACGUGCAAUCGGUGUUGUUGUUGGCUAUUUACCAAGGAACUUGAAAUCCUACGCCGAAUCCAUCUGCCACGUUGUUAUUGACGAAAAAACAGUUACUGUUGUUGCAUUUAACUACGAUAACGGUUUCUAUUAUGAUACAUCAAGCGAAUUUACACCUGAACUCCUCAAGAAGCCAAUUAAUGUUGGAGUGUGGGUUCAAAAGGCAAAUACAAUUAUUUCUAAAAUCUUAUUGGGACAAAUCAAGCCAGAAUUCAUCAGCGAGCCAGAGCCACCCAAGUCAACUACAAAUACCCAACAAUUGGUCGGAACAACCUACGAACAAUUCAUUAUGGAUCCAAAUUACGAUGUUGUUGUUUUAUACAAGCGCGAGGGCUGCGAGAACUGCGUUGAAUUCUUCCCACAAUACCUUGAGUUCGCUGCUAGCCUUUCUAACUAUACUUACCUUAAAUUUGCUUAUAUUGACAUUCUCAAGAACAGUUGCAAGCUGAAAUACCCAUUCAUGCCUGGUGUACCACAUGUCCACUUCUACCCUGCACACAACAAGUCAGCAGAUGUUCCAAUGCGUGGAGGAAGAUCAACAAACUCAAUGUUGAGAAUGAUUAAACAGGGAUCAAAGAACAAAUACGAUUUCGAAGCUCCUCCAAUAGAUAAAGCUUCUGCAGCCAUGGAACUCUUCACUCUCCUCUUCGCUGCUAAAGAUAUGCCACCGGACGAACAGGCAAAGGCCAUGGAGUACAUCCAGGAACUCAAUGACAAAAUGAAUAUGACAACCCCUGAAAAGCCAAAGGAACAAGAACCAGAUUUAACUAAAGAAUUAUAA